GUGCGAGCUCCGCGUGUCUCCGAUGCUCUGAUGUCUAGUUUCUGCGUUGAGUUUAGUUUUUAUUCUUACUUUGUUUGUUUAGUCACCUAAAGCAGUUUAAAGCACAACUUCUCUGAGACUCACCUGAGAAUGUGAUGACGCUUUGUGUCACUAGAGGGAGUACAAAGACUCACUUUAACCAGGUGUCUAGAAUCGAAAGUAAAAGAGGCGGUAGUAGGAAGAGACGCCAAUUCGAGUCUUUAAAAUAAACACUGGUUGUUUAAAUGGAGCAUAAUUUCUGCAUCAGCAAAAGGAAGAGACAGAGACCAGAGUCUCCAGAGCUCAGUGGCGUGUCUGUGAAGAGUGACGGAUCUAUGAUGCAACACCCUGAAUUCAGUGAUGGACCCACGACCUCUGACCCUGAGGGGAAGAAACAUGAGCUGAUCAGAUCUGUGCCGUUCUCUACAUCUCACUAUCAGAAUCACAUAAGGCCGGACCAAACUGAAGCAGUCCUGCAGACACACUCACUAGAGAUUGGAAACCUGCAGAGAGUCAAAGACAAGCACAAAAGAAGCAUGAAGAAGAAAUAUGAGGGAUUAUUUGAGGGAAACAAACUUCAAGAGAAUCAAACCCCCCUGAAUAUGAUCUACACACAGCUCUACAUCAUAGAGGGAGAGAGAGAAGGAGUGAAUGAAGAACAUGAGGUUUUACAGAUGGAGAAAACAGCCAGAACACAACACUCACAAGGCACUAUAAUCUACUGCAAUGACAUCUUUAAAGCCUCACCUGAACCAGAAUGUGAGGAGAAAGACCAAAUCAAGACUGUUCUCACUAAAGGCAUCGCUGGCAUUGGAAAAACUGUCUCUGUGCAGAAAUUCAUUCUGGACUGGGCCGAGGGAAAAGCCAAUCAGGAUGUAGAUUUCAUGUUUGUGCUUCCAUUUCGAGAGCUGAACUUGAUCCGAGAUUAUCUGUACAGUCUUCACAGUCUUCUGCUGGACUUUCAUCCUGAACUGCAAGAUCUGGACUCAAAUAUUUAUGAGGAAUGUAAAAUUUUGUUCAUCUUUGAUGGUCUGGAUGAAAGCAGAAUGACACUGGUGUUUUCAGACACUCAGAAAGUUUCUGAUGUGACUGAGACUUCAUCAGUGGGUAUGCUGAUGUCAAACCUCAUUAAAGGAGAGCUGCUUCCCUCUGCUCACAUCUGGAUCACCUCCAGACCAGCAGCAGCCAAUCAGAUUCCUUCCAAAUACAUCAACCAUCUGACAGAAAUUCAGGGAUUCAAUGAGCCUCAGAAGGAGGAAUAUUUCAGGAAGAGAAUCAGUGAUGAGCAUCAAGCCAGCAGAAUCAUCUCACACAUCAGAAGAGCAAGAAGCCUCCACAUCAUGUGCCAAAUACCUGUCUUUUGCUGGAUCUCAUCCACUGUGCUUCAAAAGCUCCUAAAAGAAGAUCUUAGUGGAGAAAUCCCUCAAACUCUGACUGAAAUUUACAUCCACUUCCUUUUGAUUCAGAUCAACAUGAGGAAUCAGAAGUAUAAAGAGAGAGAUUCAGAGAAACUCCUGCAGUCCAACAGAGACAUGAUUGUGAAACUUGCUGAAGUGGCUUUCAAACAGCUGAUGAAGGGCAAUGUGAUGUUCUAUGAGGAGGACCUGAGAGAGAGCGGCAUAGACGUCACUGAUGACUCACUGUAUUUUGGGACGUAUACUGAGAUCUUGAAGGAGGAAUCUGUUAUUCAUCAGAGGAAAGUUUACAGCUUUGUUCAUCUGAGCAUUCAGGAGUUUCUCGCUGCCUUCUACCUGUUUUACCUCGAUGUAAUAAAAAAUGUUGACACUCUUAAGUUUUUUGAUGUCAUUUAUAGCGUUCUAAAAAAUGCAGUAGACAAAGCUUUAGAGAGUAAGAAUGGGCAUCUGGAUCUGUUCCUGCGAUUCCUGCUGGGUGUCUCACUGGAGUCCAAUCAGAGACUCUUACGGGAUCUACUGACACACACAGAGAACAGCUCAGAGAGCAUCAGGAGAACCACACAAUACAUUAAAGAGAGGAUCAAAGAUGGACAUGGACUCUCCACUGAAAGAUCCAUCAAUCUGUUCCUCUGUCUGCUGGAAAUGAAAGACCAGACCCUGUCCAGAGAGAUUCAGGAGUUUGUGAAAUCAGAGAAGAAACUCUCUCCUGCUCACUGUUCAAUAAUCGCCUACAUGCUUCAGAUGUCAGAGGAGGGGGUGGAUGAGCUGGACCUCAAGAAAUACAACACAUCAGAUGAGGGAAGAAGAAGACUGAUACCAGCUGUUAUCGACUACACAAAAGCUUUUCUUUCUGGCUGUAAUCUCACUGCUCAUUGUUGUGAGAGUUUGUCAUCAGCUCUACAAUCAUCAAACUGUGUCCUGAGAGAGCUGGACCUGAGUAACAAUGACCUGCAGGAUUCAGGAGUGAAGCUGCUCUCUGAUGGACUGAAGGGAAACUGUCAGCUGGAGAUACUGAGGUUGUCAGGUUGUAUGGUGACAGAGGAAGGCUGUGAUUAUGUAUCUUCAGCUCUGAGUUCAAACCCCUCACACCUGAGAGAGCUGGAUCUGAGCUACAAUCACCCAGGAGAUUCUGGAGUCCAGCUGCUCAACAACAAACUGAAGGAUCCAAACUGCUCACUGCAUAUACUCAAGCUGGGUCAUGGAGGAGAGAGCAGAAUUAAACCAGGACUGAAAAAAUACAACUGUGAUCUCACACUGGAUAAAAAUACAGCAGACUGUCGUCUCGCUCUGUCCGAGAAGAAUCAAAAAGUGACCCGAGUGAAAGAGCGUCAGCCGUAUCCCGAUCAUCCAGAGAGAUUUGAUUACUAUGGUAACGUUUUAUGUAAAGAGAGCCUGACUGGGCGCUGUUACUGGGAGGCUGAAUGGAGUGGAGUGGCUGACAUAGCAGUGGUAUAUAAAGGAAUAAAGCGAAAAGGAAAUAGUAAUGAGUGUUUUCUUGGUUACAAUGAAAAGUCCUGGACUGUUUACUGCACAAGUAGCAAUUUCUCUGCACUACACAAUAAAAAAAGUACUGACAUACCAGCCCCUUCAUCAUCCAAAAGAGUGGGAGUGUAUGUGGACGUGUCGGCCGGCACUCUGUCCUUCUACAGUGUCUCUGACACACACACACUAACACACUUACACACAUUCAACACCACAUUCACUGAACCCCUCUAUGCUGGAUUUGGGUUAUAUCCAGGCUCCUCUGUGUUUUUGCGUUAGAUACACAGCUAAAUAAAGAAUUGAACUGAUUUAGAAGUAGUUGCACAGAUAAGUUUCAAAGGUAGUUAACAGCAUAAUACUAAAAGAUUACAUUGAAACUAUGCCUCUGUAACCAACUGGUAUACAAUUAGAAAUAAAGGGUCAUAGUAAAUUCCUGUAUUGUAUUGUACUGUUAUCCUGGACUGUAUCUAUAUUUUUUAGCCCUUUUGUACUCAAGUAUAAAGCUCUGUCCCAUACACAGAACUUUAGGUUAAGAUUCUUUAAACACCAACAUGCUACCAUUGCUACUGUACAAAUGUACUACAAGACUACCUUCAAUAAAUUCUUAU